CCACCCAGGUAUGUCGUCAUACUUGUCAUAAUGACGCCGCCCCGUACCGCAUGAAAGUUAUCGGAACGCAUGCAGGUCUCAGUCCGGACGGACGGAGGAGUUCCGUGCGUGCGAGGUGAAGAGGUUAGGGAAACGGCACAGCAGCAAACUGCAACGCAGUCACCAACAUGUAUGGAUUCUUCAGCUCUGCUCUGGAGAAGCUGGUGAGACGGAGGUUUGGUGACGAUAAAUGGGAAGAAAUUUGUGACCUUGCUGGGGUGUCACUGGGCGAGAGUUGCUCAUUCCAAGUCCACCAUGUCUAUGAGGAAAAGGACAUACACUCUCUCCUGCAAACAGCCACCACUGUCCUCGGGCUGGACCAGCCGACCAUCCUGGAGAUGUUUGGAGAGCAGUUUCUGCAGUGGUGUGUGGAGUACGGCCAGUCCGAGACUCUGCGACUACUCGGUCGCUCCCUCCAGGAUUUCCUGGCCAACCUCGACUCGCUCCACGAUCACGUCUCCACCAUCUACCCCCACAUGGUGGCUCCCUCCUUCCGCUGCAGCCCGGGCCGAUGGGGCGACGAAUUCCUCCUCCAUUACCACUCGCAGAGAGACGGGCUGGAGCCGCUGGUAAUCGGACUGGUAAAGGCAGUCGCGAGGCAGUAUUUCAAGAUGGAGGUGAGGAUUGAGCUAAUGACAAAGAAGGGGGACGAAGGGAGCGAUCAUUCGGUGUUCACGGUGCAAGAAGUGGCUCACUACGAGCAGAGUCCGACGGAGGAGGCGCUGCGAUGUAGUACUCCACGAGUGUUCCCUGAUCAACCCCUCGUCACCCCCGAGGUCUUUUGCAAGUCUUUCCCCUUUCAUGUCGUGUUCAACCGCAACAUGGAGAUACUCCAAUGUGGGUCCACCCUCUCCGUUCUUCUAUCGGGUGCACUCCAAAAAGACCCAAACAUAUCCUCUCACUUUACGAUCGAUCACCCGCUCAUAAAAUUCACAUUCGUUCAAUACUUUCUCACAUUAACACCUUCUUUGUCCUGAGAAUGACGUCGCAAGUCUCCAGUCACUGCGAUGAAGUUCAUGUGCAGACGAGACGCCGUCCCACUGAGCCUGCGUGGUCAGAUGAUUUACCUCCGAGAAUCAGACUCCCUCCUCUUCCUCUGUUCACCGAGGGUUAAACAGCUCCAGGACCUGGAGAGGGCGGGGCUCUAUCUCAGCGAUAUUCCUCUCCACGACGCAACGAGGGGGCUCAUAAUGAUCGGGCAGGCUGCCGAAUCGGAGUUCAUCAAUUCGGUUCAUCUCGAGGAAUUUAUCCUGGAGCUCCAGUCGGUGCAGAAAUCACUGGAGGAGGAGAAGCAGAGAAUGGCCGGUCUUCUGCGAGAAAUGCUGCCCAUUUCCGUCGCAGAUAGCCUCAUGGCGGGGCAGAUGGUCGAAGCGGAGAGAUUUGAGAGCGUCACGAUUCUCUUCAGCGACAUCGUGGAGUUUACGUCAAUGUGUAGUCGGAGCGAACCGAUGGAGAUUGUGAACAUGUUGAACAAACUCUAUUCCUGUUUCGACCAGUGCGUCGAUCAGAACCAGGUUUUCAAAGUGGAGACCAUCGGUGAUGCCUACAUGGUGGUGGGAGGCCUGCCGCAGAGGAACACAACACACGCCGAGUGCGUCGCUAACCAAGGCCUCGACAUGAUGUACUACUGUCGCCGGGUGUGUCGCCCCGACAAUGGCAACCCAAUCAGAAUGCGAGUGGGUAUCCACAGUGGGAAUGUGGUGGCAGGUAUUGUGGGUGUCCGGAUGCCACGCUACUGCCUGUUUGGUAACACCGUCAACAUCGCCAGCAGAGUGGAGAGCAACGGAGUUCCCAGCAGAAUACAAGUCACCGAAUACACCUACAACCUCUGAAACACAACCCCCAGUUCUCGUUCACCUACCGUGGAUCCAUGGAGUUCAAGAAUGUCCCCGAUCCCAUCCCCUGCUACUUUCUCCUGGAGAACUCGGCCAAGUCAAAACCCACACCCGUCACCGUUCCAUUCUCAGAGGAUCUGGUACCGGGGUACGACCUCUGUACCCACCCCACCCCUUUUCUGUCGAUCGGAGCACGUCGCUCCUCCCCGCCGCCGAGCCCAGCUGCGAAAUUUGCCUCACUUCUGACCGUGCCGACUCUAAGCCAAGACGACCCAGAAGUCCCUGCAAUAAUUCCCCCUCGAAGACCUCUGUCGUGUUCAUCUUCUACCAGCUCUUCUUCGACUCUUCAGUCACGUGGCGGAGACGACACGGCUUCCACGGUGAUUCCAGACAUCGGUAUAGGGGACGACGGCCCGGGACAGCGGCUUCUUGUCCCGGUGCCCGAUAUUUCGGUCACCGCGGCAUCGACAAACUCCUCCCCCAUCCACAGGGAAGCCGGGGAGUCGACGCAGCCAGGAAGGAGAGGACUAACAAAGGUGCUCCUGAAAGGAAGAUCCCUGGACGAGAUUGGAAACUUCAGCGAUCGAUCUGUAACGCCCGAAAGCCCUUUUCUCUCUCUCCCCCCGGUGACACUAUCACAGCCUCAGUCGCCAAUCGAAACAACAAAUAAAAAACCAGACCUGACAAGCUCAGCCACACCCGAGGGUAGCUCGUUUUCGUUGAGGUGUCCAAUCACCAGUCAUUUAGGGAAAAGUUCUCUUCAGGAAAUCAGGAGAGAGAGAAGCGACCGCGAUUCUCUAUCGACUAUGAGCCCACUGAGAGAAGAAGCGGCAGAGGAUUCGCUGUAUAGCAGCUUCGAGGGGAGCGAGAUGUCCGACCAAGAGGGAGAAGAGAAACGGAGACAGAGAAGGAAAGAGGAGAGGCAUUACUUUAAGAGUUGGCGUGAGAUGAGGAGGAAGGGGGAGACGGUGCAACCGCGAUUGCUGACGGUCGGAGGAGGAGGACUGAGAGUGGAGUUGGAGGAAGACGGAGGAGGGGAAGAAGGAUCCGACUGCGCCGAAGACACACCCGAUAAUUCUCCUGCGAGAAAGAUAUCGGACUGUUCGAAUCGCAGCGUUGACAGCGGGACUAAGAUGUCAGAGGUUUCCAGAGACGACGACGACUAUAUCCACAGAAAGUUGUCUGAUCUCAGCGAGGCAAGUCAGAAUGAUUUCGAGGUGGAGGAGGAGGAGGGGAGGAGAGGGAGAGAGGUCCGGCGAAAGAGCGAGAGCCCGGUGCCCACAUCCCCCUCCUUACCCGUCCACCCCCCACUCAAAAGGAGUGAGGCAAUACACAACAAAAUUGACUUCUUCAACAGUUGGAUUCAGGCACACACACGUCCCUCGGGGAGGAGAAAGUCGGGAAAGAGGUGGCAGCUUCUCAGAACUCAGAGUGCAGUGGAGUUCGCUGCUCCCCCUGCACCUAAUCGUCCUCGCCGCGGCUCUCUACUUCCUUUACUACAAGACGACACGUAGUAAUUGCAAACUACACUUAUUUCGUUUGUUUGUGAGUUUUUAUAUCAUCAUAUAUAUCAUCUGUGAUUUGGUUGACAGGAACAAUUAUUACUAACAUAAUAGUGAGAGUGGCACACAAGCUGGCGACUAUUGGCUGGGAACUCAGUCUUGAGGAACAAAUUUGUCCAGCUUUUCCUGGAGGGACGAUCCUUCCAGGAGCCACUGGUCCUGGAGAGGUGUGAAGUCCAGAGCCGACAGCUCCUCCAGAACUUGACUCCACCCACUUCCGUGUGAUGUCAUCGCACGACCAUACAUGGUAGCUAGUCU